GGCUGUCCAGUCAAGCAUUCUGAGUACAAUGUUUAUUCGCAGCCGAUCGAUCCAAAAAACAACAUGCCAAAAAUUGCCAAUCAGCUACCGGCACCGGGACAAUCUAAAGAGCUACCCACGGAGAGAGUCCACAGUACAAUUCCGAAGGGCGGAACGGACAACUCCACGUGGACGUAUCCAUCUCCGCAAAUGUUUUACAACGCCUUGGCUCGCAAAGGUAAACUGGGCGAUACAGACGAAGAUGAUAUUAUCAGCGUCGUGGCGUUGCACAACAACAUGAACGAAAAGACUUGGCAAAAAGUUUUGGAAUGGGAGAAAGUGCUAUGCGCCAACUCUGCGACACUUCCAAAGCUGUUGAGGUUUCAAGGACGGCCGUCGGACUUGUCACCGAAAGCGGCUUUUAAGCAUUACGUGCUCGGGCACCCGAUGCCUUAUGACCGUCACGAUUGGACUGUGCUGCGGGCCGAUGGAACAACUGUGCGGUACGUAAUUGAUUACUACCACGACGAUACAAAGGCACGGGACGAGGCUUCUUCAGCAUUGCCCGAGUUGAGCGAUGCUGAAGCAACACCUUCUCUUUUGGUGGACGUACGUCCCGCGCUCGAUAGUCCAGUACAACUGUACAACCGGGUGUUG